AUGCUAACUCUCAAGGCGGCUACUCAAUGUGCUAGAGCCUUAGAACAGGCUCACUUUCGUGCUGAAUCAUACGCUUCUCAGAUUGGAUCAGCCGCUGCUACUACCACUAGGACUAAAAAUGUGUUUGCUGAUUCUGCCGAGGAGGCCACUUCCACUACUAUCACUAAAAAUAUGCUUUCUGACUUAACUGAUUCUCGUACGGAGUGUGACUCUGUACAAUUGUCUGCUGCCCUUGCUCGUGGCAAGUGCUACAACUGCGGAGGGAAACGUCACUUUAAGGAUAAUCGUCGCUAUUGUCCUGCCCGUGAUAAGAUAUGUCGAAACUGUGGCAAACUCGGUCAUUUUUCUAAAGUUUGCCAUUCUACCAUGCCGGCACCUUCACGUUCUACCUCAGCUAUUAUAGUAGCCCGUGCUAAAGACGAUGAUAGGAAAGAAAAGCGUUAUGUAAAAACAAUGUGGAAAAACUUAUAUGUUGGAGAUAUUGUACAUUUGUCAUGUGAUGAGGUCAUCCCUGCAGACCUUUUGCUGCUUGCCUCAAGUGACAGUUCAGGUUUAUGUCAUAUAGAGACCAGCAAUUUGGAUGGUGAAAACAACCUGAAACAACGCCAAUGUGCAGUUGUCUCCAAAAAUCAGGAAAAAUUUAAUCCAACUAAAUUUACAGAAACAGUGAUUUGUGAUCAACCUAAUGUUGAAAUAUACAAAUUUAAUGGUUUUAUUCAGCUGCCAAAUGAUGAAAAGGUUGCUUUGAAUAACGGCAAUAUCCUACUUCGUGGUUGUGUCUUACAAAACACAGAUUUUGUUGAGGGCCUUGUUAUUUAUGCGGGUCAUGAAACAAAGGCCAUGCUCAAUAACAGGGGACCACGUUAUAAACGAAGUAAGCUUGAGCGCAAAAUUAACCAUGACAUCAUUUGGUGUAUGUUCCUCCUCAUCUUUUUGUGUAUCUUCUGUGCAAGUGGUAAGCAUUCAACUCUUUGA